CAUGCGAUUGUGUGUGUAAAUUCUAGAACCUCUUCUAUGAAUCACAAGAAUGAAAAUCUAUCAAGAGAAAAUAUCAUUCGAUGAUGUCUGCGUAUCGCCUGAUUUCAUGGGUAAGACAAUUGGUGCAAAUUCCCACGGUCAAUUAGGACAAGGUAUAUUAUCAGAACAAUCUAUUUUACCUCAAAAUGUCAAUUUAUCCAGAUGUUCCCUAAGACCAGAAGACAUAAGGAAAAUUGUCGGUGGCGCCGGACACACGUUAAUUUUAGACACGGAUGGUCGGAUAUAUUCUUGUGGAUUGAACGAUAAGGGACAAACUGGAAACGACAAUACUGAACAAAGAAACGUUUUAACAUUUGAGAAAAUACAUGCUCUCGAACAUAAAAUAGUGAUUGAUGUAUGUUGCGGAUGGGACAGUUCCGCAGCGUUAACGAGAGACGGCGAGUUAUAUGUAUGGGGCUCCAAUCGUUAUGGGCAAUUAGGUUUGGAUCAUAUAGUAUUUCCCACAAUAUCGCAGCCCCACAAAAUUUCGAUUGGUGAGAAAAUCAGAUGUAUUUCAAUGGGUCUACGACAUACCGCCAUUGUGACAGAAAAUCGCGAAGUCUAUAUUUGUGGAGCAAAUAAUAGAGGACAAUUAGGAUUAAUUAAUCCAAAAACUAUGAAACCUUACAUUCUUCUAGAUACAUUUACUAAAGUUCCAGAAUUGAUACUGCGGGAAAAUAUAGAAAAUGUUGCCUGUGGUCAAUAUCAUACUGUUAUCAUGGCAAAAAAUCAAAAAGAUAUAUAUAAUAUACACGUUUUUGGCGACAACAAGCAUGGGCAAUUAGGAUUCUGUCCUAAGACAUUUUCUGAAAUGCGAUUAUGGCAACCUAUAUGUAUCCCACUUCCAGACAUACAACUUGAUAUGCCAAUUCAGAUUCAUGCAGGAUGGAGUCACAUAAAUAUCUUAAACAAUGGCAUCAUUUUUUCAUGGGGAAGAAAUGAUUAUGGUCAAUUGGGUCAUUUGUUAUCAAAUUCACGAAAUGAAAUUUCUAUAAAAGAGGAACUUUAUCAUAUUAAACACAUCCCCAGAAUAGUUCAACUUUCAGCUGGAUCAGAACAUAAUGUUGCCUUAACUGAUGACGGUGCGAUAUUGUGCUGGGGUUGGAACGAACAUGGAAAUUGUGGUAAUGGAAAUACUGAAAACGUUUUAAAACCAGAAUUUCUUUCGAUUUCAUCAAAUUCUGCUGGUGUCCUCGUUGGUGCUGGCACAGGCCAUUCAUUUGCUGUGAUAAAAGAUAUUAGCUAAUUGAAACAAAAUUUUGUCACAAUAGAAAGAGAAAUAGAAGACGUGGAGUUAUAAUAAAAAAUUCAGAUCAGAUUGAAUCAAAAGACGAAUUUAUAAAGAUAUCGACCCCCUGCAUUGUUAGCCCGAAGGGAGUAUAGCAAAUGCGUGGCGAACAACUUCACCUGCGGCAAUUC